AUGUCUUCAAUUUCAGAUUCUUUGUCAAUCUCAAGUAAGGCUUCUUCAAAACCUGAACCCAAACGUAGAUGGAAAUGGAACUUUAGAGACGAUAAUUCUCCUAAAGAGAUCUAUAACUGGUCAUUAUAUGCUUCGGUAAUUGUAUUUGGUUUAACUGGUAUGUUUCGUGGUAUGGAUGAAGGUACAGUUUCAGGAAAUUUGUAUCAACAAUCAUUUAGAGAACUUUUUGGUUUUAAUGAUCCUAAUAAAACAGAACAUGAUAUAUCAAAUUUAAAAGGUAAUAUUGCUGCUAUGGUUCAGUUAGGAUCUGUUGGGGGAAGUUUAAUUUCUUUGUGGUCUGUUGAUUAUUUUGGAAGAGUGAAUGCAUUAAGAAUUGUUUGUUUGAUUCAAAUUGUUGGAGUUAUUAUUCAGUUAACGUCAAGGACUUUAGGACAGUUAUAUGUUGGUAGAUUAAUCGAAGGUUUAGGUGUUGGACAAACCACAUCUAUCGGACCAUGUUUUUUAAGUGAAGUAGCAAUGCCUGAGUUCAGAGGCUUCAUUGUGGGGGUUUUUAGUGGGGCAGUCUAUUUGGCAAUAUUAAUUUGUUUGUAUUUAUGAGAGUUUAUCAUCUGUUGAAACAUUACUAACUCGAAAAAGCGUAUAUUUCAAAUUAUUUAACAGCAAAAUUUAUGAGCGGCUCAAAUCAUUCGCAAUGGAUGAUUCCAGUGGCUGUUAAAAUCAUUGUCGCGGGUUUGAUUUGCAUAGCAACAAUAUUUACGAUUGAAUCUCCUCGUUGGUUAGUCAAAGUCAAUAAGAAGGAUAAAGCUAUUCAAAAUUUGGUUAGAUUGAGACAUUUACCAGCUGAGCAUCCAUAUGUAGCUGCUGAAUUACAAGAUAUUGAGAAUCAAGUACUUGAAGAAAAGCAUGCUGUUGAAAAUUAUCCAUGGUAUCUUAGACUUAAGGAUUUAUUAACUAAAAAGAGAUUAUUUCAAAGAGUUUUCCUGGUUGGUAUCAUGUCCCAAUUACUUGGACAAUGGAGUGGUGCUAAUACUUUAACUAUAUACGCUCCUUAUUUAUUUCAAAUGAUUACGAAUAAUGAAGGUGGUAUUGAUAAUAUGCAAAAUACAAUGAUAUUAGGUGCUGUAAAAUUAGUUGCAAGUUAUUUGGCUUGUUUCUUCUUACUUGAUACUUUUGGUAGAAGAAGAAGUUUAUUAUUAGGUAUAACAUUGCAAGGUAUAUGUGUUUUAUAUUUUGCAUUAUUUUUAAAUAUUGUUCCAGUUGAUGAUCCAUCUCAUACAUUAACAAGUAGUGAAAAACAUGCAUCUCAAGCUGCCCUUGCUUCAUUGUUUUUAGCUGGUGUUGGAUGGGUUAUGGGAUUUAAUGCAGUUCAAUAUUUAUUUGGUCCUGAAAUUUUGAACAAUACAUAUAGAGGUGUUGGAACGUCAGUAAUCAUGUGUAUCCAUUUUUUGAAUCAAUAUGCUAAUUCAAGAGCAAUUCCAUCAAUGAUGGUUGCAAUGAAGAGUUAUGGUGCAUUUUAUUUUAUGGUGGGAAUUAAUGUUGUCAGUUUAAUUUGGGCUUAUUUGUGUAUUCCAGAGUUGAAAUCAAGAUCUUUAGAAAGUAUUGAUGCUGCUUUUCAAUUACCAUGGUAUUUGAUUGGAAGAAAAGGAGGCCAAGCUACUGAUAGAAGUGCAGUUCAUCAAGCAACAACAAAACAACUUGGUGAGGUUACAGAGGUAACAAUUAAUGAUGAUAUUGAAAAAGCAGAAACUCUGCACAAUGAGAUGAAGAAGUAG